CUUUCCUUUGCCCAAAUGACUCCUCCUAUGUGGUUUGUCAGUGGGCGGCAUGGAUGAGUGGUGCCAUUGCCGUCCCGCUUUAUAAAAAUCACCCACCCCUUGAGCUAGAGUACAUUUUGAAGGAUUCACAGAGUGCAGGUGGUUCUUGCGGAGGCGACAUACGCAGGAGUAAUUGCACCUUUAGCGGACAAGUUGGGGAUAGAAAACCUUACUGGUGCCUGAUUUUCCACAAAACAGCACUACAGAAGACAUUUUCAAUGUAGAAGACCAUCAUUUAAACCUGGAUUGGAAAGAAAGGGGGGCCAUGAUUAUUUAUACCAGUGGAACUACUGGAAGACCAAAAGGUGUCCUCAGCACCCACCAAAACCUGAGUGCUAUGGUAACGGCUCUGAUCGAUGAAUGGUCGUGGACUAAAUCGGAUUGUAUUUUGCACGUUCUGCCGCUUCAUCACGUGCACGGAGUGGUCAACAAAUUGCUGUGUCCUCUUUGGGUGGGGGCGACUUGUGUCAUGCUCCCUGAAUUCUCUCCAAAGGAGGUCUGGGAACACUUUCUAAGCACGGACUCGCGCUCUAUCAACGUCUUUAUGGCCGUACCCACCAUCUACAGCAAACUGAUUGAUUACUAUGAGAGUCACCUGGCUAAGCCAGGCAUUAAGGACUUUGUGAAGGCAAUGUGCCAGCAGAAGAUCAGGUUGAUGGUGUCUGGGUCGUCGGCUCUUCCUGUUCCGACUUUAGAGCGAUGGAGAGAAAUCACUGGUCACACUCUUCUGGAGAGAUACGGUAUGACUGAAAUUGGCAUGGCACUUACAAACCCACUCAAUGGACCGCGUGUGCCAGGUUCGGUGGGUAACCCAUUUCCAGGCGUAGGUGUCCGUAUAGCCACUGAGAUCCCUCAGAAAGAAGGAAGCUCCUAUACUGUCCACGCUGAAGGAGAUGCCGCUGGCACAGAGGUCUUCCCAGGUUUUGAAGACAGAGAAGGAGAACUGCAGGUACGGGGUCCGGCUGUGUUCAAUGAGUACUGGAACAAACCUCAAGAGACCAGAGAGGCUUUCACUCCAGAUGGCUGGUUCAGAACAGGUGACACGGCCGUCUAUAAGGAUAAUUCUUACUGGAUUCUUGGCCGAACCUCAGUGGACAUCAUAAAGAGUGGAGGGUAUAAGAUCAGCGCCUUAGAAGUAGAACGCCACCUCUUGGCUCAUCCUAGCAUUGCAGAUGUGGCUGUGAUCGGAGCUCCAGAUUCAACAUGGGGGCAGCGUGUAUCAGCCAUUGUGAAACUACGGGAUGGCCAUACACUGUCCUUGAAGAAACUGAAGGAAUGGGGAAGGGCAGUCAUGGCCCCGUACUGCAUUCCUGCCGAGCUCAUCCGGGUGGAAGAAAUUCCCCGAAACCAGAUGGGAAAAAUCAAUAAAAAACAACUGCUGGCUCUCUUCUAUCCACAGUGAGAAGGGAGGGGGGAUCAGAAUAUACCCGCCUGAACACACAGCGCACGCACCAAGUCUAUCUUUCACACACUGAUCACAUCAAGGAAAGUAUACAUGGGUCUACAAAGAAUACUGUAAGGACAGUAUACAGAUGGUGCAGAGCUGAACUUGCAAUUCCACCACCUGCGCUGCGAUAAUAUAAAACCAUAGGCUUCUCCGCAAUCCUUUGGAAACACCACUGGGAACAUAUCAAGAUAUCACCAAGAGCUGUGCCAAGUGACAGACUCAGCUCUGCUUUAUCUGUACCUCCCAGACCAGAUAUUGAGUGCUGUGCUUGUUUUCUACUCUCAAGGAGCUGUGCUCUGUAUUAGAGAUGCCACAUUACAUUACACAAUCUUACUACUAUGCUAGAUAGAGCAGAUAUGAAACAAAGGCUGGAAUGUCCCACUCCUCUGCAUUUCAGAAAUCCGAAAAUUGCACAUUCUGCGACGCUAAUCUAUUUACAUGUAUGGAACAGAUCAAUUUCUGCAUUCAGUCUGCCGCACAUGAGCUUACCAUGUUUUUUUUUUUUUCUUUGACCCAAAUCACAGUAUUGGAUCUCCGUUAUAAUCUCUGCGUGAAUGUGACCUUUUAGGGGUUUGCACUGAUUGCAAAUUGAAUUCAAGUAGUCUAUAAAAAUUUAAAAUUCCUUGAAACCCAUCUUCUAUAAGAGCUUAUUUGAAAAUAAAAAAUAAAAUGAAAAUCUAAACACCCCCCCAUCCCGUUUCCCUGAUGUCCUUUUGUUCCUUGGAUGACACCUCUCAGGUACUAUGGACAUGACAUGAUCAUAUACCCAUGUAAACAAGGAGCGGCAUAGAAACAGAGGUAGUAACAAAGGACACUUUAAUCAGAGUGGUAUCUUUUAAAUUCAGUAUUUAUUGAAACUUUUUUUUAUUUUUUUUUAUUUCAGCAGUACUAUACAAUGAAAAAUUAAAUACAAAAUGUCCUGUAGCAGUCAUCACUGAGAUAUAAAACUCCUAUGUAGACCAUGUGCCAACAAGUGCCCCAUUCACUUCAAUGGGUCCGCAAAUCCAGAGAUGCGGAAUGGAAGCACGGAACGGGACCCUACGGAAGCACUGCGGAGUGCUUCCGUGGGGUUUCGUCCCGUACUUCCGUUCCUCAAAAAGAUAGAACAUGUCCUAUCUGUUUGUGGAACAGCCAGAUCGCGGACCCAUUAAAAUGGAUCCGCUGCGGCUGCCCCGUGGCGGGUGGUCGUGCGUUGCGGCCCCCAAUUUGUGGGCCGCACCUAAGACGCACCUAAGUUUUAGAGAAGGAAAAAAAGAAAAAAUAUAUUUUUCAUCAGACGUCAGAACAGAUGCAUCUCCCCAAUGUUAAUCAGAACAGGAAGUGGAAUACAUGGAGUGAUUUCACCUAAUUAUAUCCAGAAAACCAUCCAGCUGGUUUUUAUAAAAAAUAAAAAAUGUCAUAGAAUAUUCACUUAUAGGUUGUAAGUAUGUGAUAAAAAAAUUUGAUGGAAGUGUCCCUUUAAGUAAGUAUAUUCAAAAUUUUCUUUGGCAAUUUUACUUUUGUUUUGUUUUUUUAAAUAUUGCAGGGAAACAGCUUUUAUAAAUUAUUUGGAAAUU